AUGGCCAAGAACUUGAGGGCGCAGGGCACUGACAGGGCACCUGGUCCAUGGCGGCCGCCCUCAUGUCUCCGUGGUGGGGCCAGUGGCGGCCUGAGUGGCCACGGGGCAAGCCACGCACUGAGUCCCCUUCAGUAUUCCAUGUCGCCCCCGGCUCCCAUCACAGGGACAUCCCCAGGGCGCCGGCCCGUGGUGACACGCUUCGCUGGCCUCUUCGCUCCGCCCCUUCCUUCUCCAGGCCCCUUGGCCACCGAUUCUCUGUCCCCGCCCCCAUCCCGUGCCAAGGCCCCGCCCAUUCCAACCGUCGACGGUCGGUCGUCCAGUCGGGCUGCCCUGCCUGGCCACAGCGUUGACACAGCUGCAGCCGGUCGGCCAGCCGCGCUGCUGCCGCUGGCCGCCGGCGUGCGCGUGAUCCCGGUUGAAAUAAAGGAAGCUGGUGGCACUGUUGCAAGUAACAACCCAGAGGAGGCAGCUUUUCAGAACCCUCUGGCUCAGGAAUCCUGCUGCAAGUUCCCUUCAUCCCAGGAAGCAGAGGACACCUCCAGCUGCUCUCGCAAGAAGGAUUCCAGCCCGAUGGUGAUUUGUCAGCUGAAAGGGGGCACCCAAAUGCUGUGUAUUGACAACGCUGGCACCAGAGAGCUGAAAGCACUUCAUCUGGUUCCUCAGUAUCAAGAUCAAAAUAAUUAUCUACAGUCAGAUGUCCCUAAGCCAAUGACUGCUUUGGUAGGAAGAUUUUUGCCACUACCAGCAAAAUUAAAUCUCAUUACACAACAACUCGAUAAUGGCGCCCUUCCUUCAGGAGUCAGUGGGCCUGCUUUCCCCUCAGGACCAACCCUGCCAGGACCACCCAAAAUAACUUUGGCUGGGUACUGCGACUGCUUUGCCAGUGGGGACUUUUGCAACAACUGCAAUUGUAAUAAUUGUUGCAACAAUUUGCGCCAUGAAAUCGAGCGGUUUAAAGCCAUUAAGGCGUGCCUUGAUAGAAAUCCAGAAGCUUUCCAACCCAAAAUUGGGAAAGGCAAGUUGGGUGAUGUCAAGCCAAGGCACAACAAGGGCUGCAACUGCAAGCGUUCGGGCUGCCUGAAGAACUACUGCGAGUGCUAUGAGGCCAAAAUUAUGUGCUCCUCUAUCUGCAAAUGCAUUGGCUGCAAAAACUAUGAAGAAAGUCCAGAACGAAAAUCACUGCUGAACCUGCCAAACUGCACAGAGACUGGAGAUCUUGAGGGGCACCAUCCUUUGUUACCUGGCAAAUUUUCAGGACUGCCAAAAUUCAGAAAAGAUAGGCGGCCCUCGUCCUGCAUCUCCUGGGAGGUGGUGGAGGCCACGUGCGCCUGCCUGCUGGCGCAAGGCGAGGAGGCCGAGAAGGAGCACUGCUCUGAGUGCCUGGCAGAGCAGAAGAUCCUGGAGGAGUUCGGAAGGUGCUUGUCCCAGAUUCUCCACAUCGAGUUCAAAUCCAAGGGCUUGAAAAUGGAGUAG